UUUUGGGGGUUUUUAUGAACAUCUUCUAUAUUUAUUUGUUUUUGAAGAGGAAGCCACUCCCCACUCGACGAACCCAAAAGAGGCCAAAAAACCAACACCCCAGAAAAUCAAGAAUUGACCAGCAUGGCCUGCUCUUCACUGUGCUCCCCCAAAUUCCUGGUGAUCUUCCUUCUACUCUCAGCCAUACCAAUAGGCUACCUAAUAUCCUUGGAGUUGGCCAAACCCACCACCCACGUGUACCACUACCACAGCACCGGCUGGCUCCGAGAGUGCGCCAAGUGGGACGAUCUGAACCGUCGCUUCCUCGUCUCGUUCUUGGGCGGCGGCAUCGGCGAGAUUCCGGUGCCCGAGGACGAAGAUCACAAAGUUUUGCAGGAAGUGGCCGUGGUCAAACACGUUGACUUGGCUGGAAAUGCUUCGCUGGGACUCGUCAUCGACCGCCCCAGGAAUCGCCUCCUAGUCGCCACUGCCGACGUUAAGGGAAACCGCUACGGUGCGCUGGCCGCCUACGACUUGUCCACGUGGGAGAGGGUCUUUCUCACCCAGCUCAGUGGCCCAAGUGAUGAAAAAUCAUUCGCAGAUGAUGUUGCAGUUGAUGCAGAAGGUAAUGCGUAUGUAACAGAUUGCAAAGCCAGUAAAAUUUGGAAGGUUGGAGUGGACGGCAAGUUCCUAUCGAUAAUCAGAAGCCCGCUCUUCACUGAAAAGGAGUGGUACAGAAACUUGGUUGGGCUGAACGGAAUUGUUUACCACCCAGAUGGGUUCUUGAUAGUUAUUCACACUUUCAGCGGCAAGUUGUUCAAGAUUGAUCUAGCAAAGGGAGAGGAAGUGAAGCUCAUUAAGGUAGUCGGAGGAAUGCUAACAUUCGGAGAUGGUCUAGAGUUACUAUCUCCCACCAAGAUUAUAGUUGCUGGGAACCCUUCUGCUAGAUUAGUGGAGAGCUCUGAUGGCUGGGAGACAGCUUCGGUAGUGGGAACAUUCUCGGGUCCGAAGCAUCGGUUGGCCACAGCAGCAACUGUGAAGGAUGGGAAGGUGUAUCUCAGCCACAUGGUUGGGCUGGGAUACCCUAAGAAAACGCAUGCCCUCGUUGAGGCGGUCUUUUCUGCUUGAAACUUAAAAUGGUCUCUCAACUCAACUCAGCAACCACCAUCAUUUUCACAUGUAGAUUAGAUGUUGUCUGCGGAAUUUUAAUUGGAUGUCGUGUGUGUAUCAGUAAACCACAUUUUUACAUUUUUAUAUAUAUUUGGAACAAUCAGGUUUCUGGGCUGAAUUGAUGUAUUAACAGGCUGGGUUUAUGCGUACCGUGUCUGGGGUUCUAGUGGACCUUUAUUUUCAUGCAGCUCUGUCUAUGUCUUCUCUACAACGUUUGUUUUGUUCAAUGGCCCAAUAUUUUUGGUUUUUUUUUC